AUGGGGCCGGAGGCGCCGAGGGCCGGGGGCCGCGCACCCCACGCUCGCGCCGCCCCGCGCCGCCCCGCGGUCCGCUCUCCGCUGUCCACCGCCCGCCAGUCGUCCGGUCUGGGCGAGGCCUUGCUCUCGGCUUUGGCCGCGGCCGCCGGCUGGCCCCUGCAGGCCUUGGCCCCUGAGCACUGGAUGCUCAUCACCUGUGUGCCACCUGCCACACCGGGGCUGUGGUCGCAGAACCUGGAGGACACCUGGUCCCCGGGACACCCACUCAGCCCUGCGGGAGCCCCCCACACCUGCCUGAAGACCCUGCCCCCCGCCAGGUGUGGAGGAGAUGCGGGCAAUGCCAGCCUGCCUGCCGGGGGCCCUUUCCCGCUCCGGGUCGCCCUCCACGCUGGCGGCCUUCUGCGUCACCGGGGAAAUGGCCAGAGCACAUCCCUAGGCCACAGCAGCAUCGCGCCCCUGAUGAGCCGGGUCCUUGGGAUGCGUGUGACUCAGGGCAGGGAGUCGGACACAGCCCCGGACAGACCUGCGGUGCCAGAUACCUCCUGGCUCACGGCGGCCGAGGCGGCCCAGGCAGGGGUGCAGAGCUCCAGCGUUACACCCGCCGACCGCAGGGGUCGGCGCCCUGCGGACCCUCUGGCCCAGGGUCCCAGCCACCUCCAGCGUGGUCUUUCUUGGAGGGUCCAGCUCCAGUCCGAGGUGACCUUUCCAGCCCCUGUGCCCCCUGGGCCCCGGCUGCCUUGUGGCUUCUGGGCGAGGUCUGCCGCGCUGGAGACUCUCGGCGUGGCCGGGGCUGGCGUGGGUGUGGCCCCCGCGGGGCCGCUGCUUCCCCAGGGCUGCGUCUGGCAGGUGGCUGGCAGCAGCCAGCCCGGCCGCUUCGCACGCACGGUGCAGCCGGCGGCGGGUGUGGCGGAUGGAGGACACAGGCCGCUCCGUUUGCUCUUCGUGCAGCCCCUCCCAGCCGAGAGGCCCGUCCCCUGUGACCCCUCUCAGACCUGGCCGAGCUUGGCGCGGCCCCGGGGACCCACGGGUGCUGCCUCUCCCGGCCCUGGGGGUGUGGCGGCCGCGAAGACCCCCGACCCCCGGCCUCUGACCCUGCCCGGCCCCGGACACGAGGCUGGGGCUGAGCGCGAGGAGCGGGGCCGCACUCCUUCCCCAGGACCGUGGGCGGCACAGCUGAGACGGGAUGGCCACGCCUCCCCCUGCCCCGACCGUGCCGGGGGUCGCGAAGCCAGGGGCAUCUGCACACAGGCCUCCCCCAUCCCCCAGCGGCCCCCCCAAGGGACAGAGGGACGGGGCCCCGCUCACCGGGAGGUGAGGGGACUUUCUCAGAGAGUGGCGUCAGGCCGGCACGGCCCAGGGAGGAUAUCAGGGCGGGGAGCCGCGUGCGCCACACCCGCUGGAGGGGCCUCGGUCCUCGGGGGCCUGCGGCUCUGGGCUCAGCUGCGACGCUGCCAGGUGGGCGAGCCCGCACGGGGGCUGCUCCUCGCCCCCGGCUGUGGCCCCUGCCCAGCAGCCUUCUCCGAGCCCCGCGGAAGGCGAGCCAGGCGGGCGCUGACACUGCCGCCCGCGGCCACCCAGCUGCAGCCCAGAGCCAAGCCCAGGGGCCGCUGCAGCCGGGCAGGGGCGACCGGAGCUGGGGCCCUGGGCAGGGAGGCCGCUGGCCUCUGGGGCCGCGUGGGGGCCGCCCUGGUCAUUCCCUAUGUCGCCGCCCCACCCCCCAGGGGAGCGGAAGCUGCCUGCAGCUCUCCUGGCGGGGCCGCCUUCCUGUGCGGCCCCAGAAACACACGGGUGGGACCUGCUCCGCUUCAGCCUCGCUGAGCCAGGUGCCCAGCGGAGCGGGCCAGCCCAGGCAGGGCGGGGCUCCAGGCCAGGAGGACGGGGCAGAGCCGGAGCGGUCGCCGUGCUGCCGGCCGGGGGACCUGGCCGCAGAGGGAAGACAGGCUCCAUCUACCUGCAGCUGAGGAUGAAGUCAUGGCUGCUGUGAGGUGGCCUGAGCCCUCCCAGCAGGCAGGCGCCCAGCGGGGAUCUCCCCUCGUGGCCUCGUCUGACUACCCGGAGGAGCCCGGCCCCCGGGGCAAGGCCUGCAGCCUCCUGGUGUGGUUGACAGAUGAGGAGGCCAGGGGUGGGGACAGCUCGGUGUCAUCGGGCCGCCUCUCUGGCUCCUCGGGGGGCCAUGAGUCAUGCACACCUCCCCACGGGACCGGGAAGGCGAGGACCCCCCAGGUGCUGGGGCCCCCGCCGCAGCCCAGGGAGCGCACUCCCCGGCUGGAGCAGCUGAGGGACAAGAUCCGGGCCCAGGCACAGUGGCAGGCGAGCUGCACCUCCCUGGCCACCUCGGCGCCCGCCAGCGCCUCAUAUCUCUACAAAGCCCCCACGCCAGCCCCCCGGAGGAAGGCCCGAAAGCCGACAAACGCCGCUCCAGCCCUGGCCUACCCAGGCAUCCUGAGUGGGGCUGAAAGUGGAGUCGAAGACAAGGCAACACCUGGCCAGGGGCGUGAGGCCUCCAGGGUCUCCCAGCGGCAGGCCUCAGUUCCACGGGAAAAAACCAAAAGGAUGAAAGGUAGUUCUUGCAAGAGAGAGAAGACCCCCAAGCUGCCCGCCCCUAGGAGAGCUGCCAAAGACACAGGACACGGCAAGAUGUUUGGAGCUGGUGAGAGUUCCCCCGUCCGCCCCCAGCCGCCUAGAUCAACCUCUGUCGGCAGUGACCCGCAGGUGUCAGCCAAUGCUCCCCACCUGGCUUCCUGCCAUGGGCCCGUGAACAUCCAGGCUGCGAUGGCCGUCCUUCGAGACCUCCGCCAGCAGAUCCAGGCCAGGCUGUGGCUGGCCCAGGACGGCCACCCAAGGCGAGGGCUGGAGCUGAGGGACCUGGCAGGGAGGAGGCGGCAGAGCCCCUGGAAGCCCCCAGACUUGCGGGGCUCCCGGAAGAGCCCUCGGGCCGUGACGGAGGGGGCGCCUGCCUCCGAGAGGGCUGGGAGCCUGCCCGCGGCGCCAAGCUGGAGCGCCGCGGCCAGGCGGGAGUCCUGUCCACGGAGGACCCGGGCGGCCCAAGGACGAGGUCCCUCCUUCCGGGGGCCCGGGAGCCCCACGGAAAGGCUGAACUCCUUCCCUCAGCGGCCCUGGAGCACCUCGGCCAGGCGGGCCUCCUGUCCACAGAGGACCUGGGCCCCCCAAGGACGGGACCGCUCCUUCCGGAGGCCCGGGAGCCCCCCUGAAAGAUGGGGCCCCUUCCUGCAGCGGCCCCGCAGCACCUCGUCCGGGCAGGCCUGGGGUCUGCAGAGGGCCUGGACCGCCUGUGAAGACCGGGAGGCCCCUGCCCGAAGGCCAUGGAGCCCUCUGGAAAGGCCGAGCCCUCCCACCUGGCGGCCCUGGAGCGCCGCCUUCACGCAGGGGGCCAGCCCCCUGUGCCAGGGCAGGGGUCCACUGCUGACCCCCUCAGGGGCAAAGCUCGCCUGGCCAAGGCCCAGCCAGGGUGCCCUUUGGAACAUGCCUGGGAAGGAGAAUGAGGGGCGACCCCCGCCGCCCUGCCCGAAGCCCCGGGGGCCCCUGGGCCCCCUCCACGGCUCCGAGUCCCUGCGAGAGGUCAUGCGCCAGAAGACGGAGGCCUGGCGGCAGCAGGCCCUAAAGAAAAAGGCCUCCGCCACGCCAGCGCUGGAGCUCAGAAACCAGAGGCUGCAGGGCGUCUACAGGAAGCAGGGGGAGGCCGUCCCCGUGGUCUCCCAGACGACGCCGGGCAUCGUGACCUUCGUCCCGCACUCUGCACAGUCCAGGGGCCUGGAAGGCGCCGGGGGCCCAGGAGCGCCUGUGCGGCAGUGGAGCAGGGUGACUUCCGGCACGGUGCUGGGGGACCAGGAGGCCCCGGGCAGCUUCUGCCUGUGUUUGAACGGAGCCUUGAACCCGGCCGAGACUCUGCAGGUGGGAGGCCCCCGAGAUGGCUGGGAGGGCGCCCCGCUGCUGACGUCGGCCAGGUCUCCCCUGGGCCCCGUGCAACUCCAGGACCUGACCACCCACUACCCAAGCCCGGGGCUGUGCCUCUACCUGGACCCUGAGGAGUCCAAGCGCCUGGGCACGCCGGGGCCCCUGCACUUCCAGUACAAGCAGGCCCGGCUGCAGGCCCUGGAGACCAGGGCCAACAUCCUGAAGCGGCGAAUCGACGUCCUGACCGACAGCCUGGGCAGGUCCGAGGCGCCGGACGCGCCGGGGGGGCCCGUGCCAGGCCCGCCGCCCUCGAGCUCCAGCACACCAGCCUGCCCCGGAGCCCUGGCGUCCACUGUGGGCGGAGGGGCACCCUGGGACUGGGUGGGCACGCGGGCCAGGCCGCUUCUCUCUGCCACCUGCUCCCCGGACACUGAGACGCCGCCCUGGAGCCCCGGCUGGGAACGGCUGCAGAGCGUGAGCCCAAGGGGCCACCAGGCCAGCAAGCCCCAAGGUUUCGUGGAGGAUGGGUGCUCGGAGCUGGACGAGAGACAGGCGAGAAACGUGGCUUCCUUCCAGGCCCUCAGCCCCUUCGCAGGGAGCUCACUCGGGGCGCCAGCCGCGCCAGACCCCCGCUGCGGCUCCCUGCGGCUGGAAGAGAGGCGGUCGGCCAGAGGGGCGGGCUUGCUCGCGCCCUGGACCCUCCGGAGCCGUGGUAAGGGCGAGCCUGUGGACAGGCCCUGGGCUGGCUGGUCGGGUGGCCAGGGAGGUCCGCUGGGGACCCCCUCCACCGCCUGA